UAAUAAUCUAACCUUUGUUUAAUUCAUGUUGGCUCGUGUGGAAAAGACAAGAACACAACACGUUUUUCUUGCAUUUUCAAAGUUAAUUUUUGGCACGAACACCCAAGUUAAAAAAAAAUAGAAAGCGGGUAUACUUGUCACCGGCUAAAGGAAUGUUCUUUUUGUUGUGUUGUAUUUCUUCUGGCAACAUUGUGCUGUAUUAGGCCUAUUAGGUUAUGUCUCUCACUAAAAUUGAAGCAUGUGUUGUUAUACCCGCAUCGGGAAGUGGAGAAAGGUAUAACAUGCACCCACCAAAGCAGUUCGAGUGUCUGGGUCAAAAACCUAUAAUUUCGCAUACUAUAUCUGCAUUUGAAAGGAUUGAUUGCAUUACACACAUAGUGGUAACAACCCCACAGGAUGAUGAUUUACAAUUAAUGAUGGAAUCAAUUGUUAAAAAAUUUCAUCACAUAAAAGUUCAUUUAACUAAAGGUGCAAAUUCUAGACAUAGAUCCAUUUUUGAAGGUUUAAAAUGUUUAAAAUGCAUUUUAAAAUCUGAGAAUAUUGCACGUGAUCCAGUUGUUAUUAUUCAUGAUGGAGUCCGACCAUUUGUUGAUAAAAAUACUAUCAUGGAUGUUAUACAAAACACAAAGAUAUACAAAGCUAUUGGUAUUGUAAGACCACUAGUAUCAACUGUAAUAUCGGUUGAUAAAGACGAUUUCUUGAAAGAAUCUUUAGAUAGAAGUUUGUACUGGGCCAGUGAAAUGCCUCAAGGUUACAUGUUUUCACUAAUUUAUGAAGCUUAUUUAAAGUGUUCGGAUGAGGAAUUAAAUCACGGUACAGAAUGUUUAAAGAUCGCCUCAGAUUACUCUGCGUUUAAACCAAAGAUAUUGAAAGGUGGAGAUAAUUUGUGGAAAAUAACAUAUCAGAGAGACAUGGCUGUGGCCAGGGAAUUUGUUUCAAGUAAGCUGUUUUUAGGUCAUCACUUACGUGUUUACAUUGAUGAAAAUGAUAAAACACAUUGCUGUAUUCAAGAUUUAGUUUCAAGUGAAAACCUGAAUGUUUUGUUGUUUGCAAAAGAAGAGUUGUCUGCUUCGAAUUUAAAAUCUGACAACUGUUUACUUUUUUAUUCUUCCCUAUCUCUUCAAUCAUUUGAAUCAAAUUUAUCAUUUUUAAUCAAAUCAAUAGAAAAUUAUACAGAAGACCCCAACAACUGGUCUGAUAAAUAUGGAAGCAGCAAUAUAGUUGCAAUAUUCUGUGCCCAAACUACUGAAAUGAGUAGUUUGAAUGAGGUACACACCAUGUUACAUAGGCAUUCUCAUAAGUUGCUUUCUCACAAUGUUCAUCUUUACUGCAUAAUUGCAACUCAAUCGACUUUGUCAGAACCCACAUUGCGAUGUUUAAACAAAAUCCUUGGUGACCAUGAGGGAACUUUUGCUGGACAAGUGUUCCUGUUUUAAACACAAUGUUGAUGUUUGUGGUUUACAGAUAUGUGAUGAUGAAUAUUGAUCUAAUCAGAUUAUAGGGCUUUAAAGGAGUGGAUAUUGGAUGUUUAGCCGUUAAGGCUUAUUGCACAAAAUUGAUAAACUUUCCUGUAUUGGAUAUUAGAACGCAGCAUAUUUCUUUAGUUUUAUGUGUUAGGGGGAGAGCUGAUUGUCUUGUUAUCACCUGUCUGCUUUGCAUGAUUGUUAGCGGACCAGCUACCUCCCUAAGUAAGAGUGAAUAUAGUAGGAUGGGGGAAGAUGGGACACCUUUUCAUAGUAUUUUCUCGUCCCGCAUGGUAGCAAACAAAAAACAUUCAAAGAAAUAAAAAACCGUAUCCUCACGACUCUAAUAGACCGUUAUUAUUUGUUUAAAACAUGGUUAGGAUGUUUGGAUAUUAUGUGCUAAAGGUGUCCCAUCUUCCACCACACCACUAUAAAUAUAGUAGAGGGAAGACGGGACACCUGUAGCACACAAUAUUCAGAUCUUGUUUUUUGCAAACCAUUAACAACGGUCUUCUAUAGAAGUCGUGUAAAUACGGUUUAAUAAUCCUUUGAAUAGCCUUUGUUUACUACUAAUUUGGAAAAAAAUCAAAACGUGUCCCAUCUUUUCCUACCGUAUAGGCUACAGCUAUUAAUCUUUUGUUCAAAGUUUUCCAUAAAUUCAACAAACUUAACCGCGAUAUUCUCGCUUCGGAGUUAUACAACAUAACUUAGUUUGUCCAUGGCCUACUUAUUGUAUUGAGUAGGUCAUAGUUUGACAAAUACAUACAACAUACCAUUGUUUUAUAUA